UUUUCCUUUUCCUGUUCGGCGUCCGAGCCACGCGAGGGGCAGCCGCAGCACCGCCAUGGGCCACCAGCAACUCUACUGGAGCCACCCGAGGAAGUUCGGGCAGGGAUCGCGCUCCUGCCGCGUCUGCUCCAACCGGCACGGACUGAUCCGCAAGUACGGCCUCAACAUGUGUCGCCAGUGCUUCCGCCAGUACGCCAAGGACAUCGGCUUCAUUAAGUUGGAUUAAUUCUACAAUAAUAGUUGAAGAUGGCUUGAAAAGACAUAAGAAGAGGUUGGCACUCUUGGAGGACUGGGCUAGCUGCUGUGCAACUGUAUACAAUAGAAGUACUGGGUUUUGUUUAUUCCAAUUAUGGCAGUGUUUCCUAUUAAUAUGUUACAACUUCCAUAAUUCUAGCCUUGUUGACAUGUCAUCUUUAGCAUAUAUGAUUAUGAGAAUCUAUUUUUUUGGUUCUUAAAUAAAAAGAA